AGCACGGCAGCCUGCAGGAACGGCUUUAUAAAGAGCUAAAUUUACCAAACUACGUUGUUUCCUGAGCUCUCACAAUUGGUCAAGCGAACUCAGCGAAAACAGUUAUAAGGUUGCGAGGACCUCCUACCACUUUUAAACUUGUUCAUGUAUUUGAAGCAGCAGCUGUGGAGAGAGGCGACUGUGAAUUAGGCGCACAGACUCUGGUGCGGCUGCCGCUCUAUACACAACGCGACUUUGACAAGAGAUAGUUGUUUUAUUUCACCAAACGAUGGCCUUAUCCGGAGUGAUGCUACCGUCAUUUUCGACUUUCUCAAACCAAAGAGAAAAAAACUGGGAAAAUAGAUGGAAAGGAGAGAUGGACAAAUUAGUCUCAACCAGUUGUUCCAUGCUUGAAAUGGUACAGAGCUUGGACAAUCACUGCAAGAAGGACGACGAGGAUCUGAGUAAUUAUUUGGAUCUGGAUUUUAUUCUCUCCAACACAACUGGCUCAGACAAUGCGGUGGAAUUUGUUGGCACAGCUGACCCCAACAUGUACACAGCUGGAAACUCUGUGCCAUCAUACCCCGCAGACGAUCAGCGCUCCCCGCCUCCCCCGUACGGCGCCAGCCUCAUGACAGAGCUACUCCGCGCCGAAGGCACAGGCAACUAUGGCAUUACGCGUAACCCCAGCGUCCAGGGGAGAUUUUUUGUCAACACAACACAUUUCCCUCGCCCGGACAUCAAAGUAGAGCCCCCAAUGGACAGUUACGGCCCCGUUUUGGGCAUGGUGCCUCAGAGCUGCAGCAAAAUCAAGCAAGAAGGCAACGUUUCGUGCAUGAUGUCCUUUGAACAGCCACGGGUGGCCAUAUCUCCACGGGCAGCCAGCAACAUGACCCCACCUUUGAGCCCCGAUGACCAGGGAGUCACGGACUGCCAGGCACAGCUGUGUCAGCCCAUGAACUUUCAGCAGAAAUAUCACACACAGGCAGCUUUUCAGCACCACCCUCAGGCUCCCCAGAUGCAGAUGCCUUACCACGCUCCGCAUACUGGCUUUGGCAUGUAUGAUGAAGGUCUCAACCUGCAACCAGGGGCCCAGAGGGUGAUGCUCACACCACCUUCAUCUCCCCUCGAGCUGCUGGAGUCAAAACCCAAAAGAGGUCGGCGCACGUGGCCACGGAAGCGCACUGCAACGCACACCUGCACCUUCGCUGGCUGCGGGAAAACCUACACAAAGAGUUCUCAUCUGAAGGCACAUCUCCGAACUCACACUGGUGAGAAGCCGUACCACUGUAGCUGGGAAGGUUGUGGAUGGAAAUUUGCCCGCUCCGACGAGCUGACCCGUCAUUUCCGUAAACAUACUGGACAUAGGCCGUUCCAGUGCCACCUGUGCGAGCGCGCCUUCUCUAGGUCUGACCAUUUGGCGCUUCACAUGAAGAGACACAUGUGAAAGAGCCCAUUUAAGGACUUGGGGUUCACAGGGAAAUUGUAUUAUUUUUAUUGUGACUCAACCGUAUUUUUUAUUUAAAAUGCAUCCAUCUGGCCAAAUUCUUUUUAUAUAAUAUUGAAUUGAAACUGUUUUAGUGUUAUUAUUUUGUAAUAACGUAGCUGGUACUACUUUGGUUGUAUAAAAAGCUUUAGAAAUGUUUUGUUUGCUUAAGCAGACCAAGAAGGGGCUGGCCCUGUAUAUACUACUCUUCUUUGACAGAACUGGAAUGCUGUGUUUGACACAAAAGUGCCUUUCUAUAACUGUGCUACUGUAAAACUCUGUGACAGAACGAUUUGGCCAAAAAUGUUUAUGUUCUUGUUAACAGUGGUGAAAUGCUCAUGCAGUUGCCUAAAAUGUGCAGAGACAAUGUUUUAUUUAAACUGCCUCAGUGUCUGAACUGCCUUUAUUGUUUUAUUUCUGAUGCUUUUGCCAAUCUCAAACUUCAUGAAGUUAAACUUUUGGAUCCAGCCCCUCUGUACACUAUCAGGGCUUGAUGCCCUGUGCAUUAUUUUUUACUUAAAUUUAUAUAAAUAAAUACAUGGAUUUUAUACUGUAAAAUGUGUAUUUAUUGUAAAUAUUAAAAGAAAUGGAUUUGAA